AUGUUCAAUCAUUCAUUUCUCUAUAUUUUUGUUAUUUUCAGUGUUUGUAAAAGUGAAAGUGGUUGGUGUGAAGAUUCAGGAGUGAUCACUUAUUUUACUUCCACCCAAAGUUGUUUAAAAAACAAUUGGGAUGUUGUUCCGAAUGAAGAAGGUUACAAUUUCACACUUCAAAGUGGGUGUUGUUCCUCCCCAAUAAUGACGUUUGAAGAAACUGCCUUUAAUGAAUAUGUUGUUCGAAAAUUUGAAUUUAAACCUUCUGUGUUACUAAAAUAUUUAUUUGUCAGAGAGGCAAACAUGAAUGUCAGAAUUUAUUUGGUAGAGCUCAAUCGACCAGAAAAUUUGUUUGUAUCUUUUGGUUGUUUUAAUAACGAAGGAUAUUGCAGGACAACUAUAAAUGAUUCUUGGAGACCAACAAUAGUUUUAAGGACACAAGGGAUUUCUUUGUUUUCUGAUAUUGAUCAGUAUUUCUGGAUAAUGAUAUUCAGAACAACAGCACGAAUUGCUUAUUUAUUUAUUGAUGGAAACGUGAUGCAAACUGUUAAUAUUCAAUUCAGAACAACAGAAUAUGUUGGGGAUCCAUUUACAAAGGGAAGAUAUCUAUUCACUGGAAAAUCAAAAGAAGAGAGUAUUGGUUUUUAUUUGUCUUCUUUGGAGCCGUUAGCAAAAGAAGUGUGUGAUAGAAAUGGGUUUAAACGAUUUUUAUAUUUUAAUACAAAUGAAACUACAAAUACGUCAAAUUUGAAAAAUAAGACUUGUUAUUGUAAUGCAGAGAAUGAAAGUAUUACAUGGGAAAAUGUAAAUACAUUCCCAGAUUGUAGAUACAACAGUUCAUUAUUUGAUUUGAAUUUAACAGCGAUUGGCGAGAGUAGAAGUGAAAGUGAAGAUAUCAAUAUUUAUCUUAAUGUUACUCAAUGGUUUUCAAUCAUUUUUAAAACAAAUAGAAAAUACAUAUUAAAUGGAAUUGAUGUAAGUGUAAACACAAUUUAUUUUGACACUCUGGAAAUAUUAGAAAAUGAAGAUAUUAUAUUUAAUUUAAAUUGUAAUAUAUCAAUUUUGAAAGUAACUUCUAUUGGGAAAUUUUACUUCAAAAAGAAUCUCAUAAUUAAUACACAAAUUUUAAUAUCGGAACCCAAUUUUACAAACAAAAUAUUGUUUACUUUGGAUGGAAAUUUUACUGAAGUUAAGACGUCACUUUUAUCCAAAUGUGGGAAACGAGUGUAUUUGACAAAAAGUGUGUGUAACAUGUGUCUUUGUAAUUACACUGAAAAUAAUGUAUGGGAACCUUCAGGGUAUGAUGGAAUAAAUCGAGGGGACUGCUUUAACAACACUACACAAAUAACUUUGACUCUUCAAAUUCUCUCAUCACAAAUGAAUGAAAAUUUAACUACACAAACUUGGAACAGAAUUGAGAUUAUGUUAAAGAUGUGA